AUGGUCCACACAAUCCAGGGCAAACAAGUCGGCAACAUCGGCUUCGGCCUGAUGGGCCUCAAAUUCCCCCCCGGCCGCAUCACCGAAGAACAAGCCUUCGCCACCAUCAAAGCCGCCCUCGACGCCGGCUGCAACUACAUGAACGCCGGCGAAUUCUACGGCACCCCCACCGACAACACCCUGACCCUCCUCAACAACUACUACGCCCGCUACCCCGAAGACAUCGACAAGAUCCUCCUCAACGUCAAGGGCUGCGUCUUCGAGAACUUCCGGCCGGAAUGCUCCCCCUCCGCCAUCCGCACCAGCAUCAGCAACAGCGUGCGGAUGAUUGGCGGGGGCGGGGCCGGGGGGGAGGGGAAGGUGAGGAUUAAUCAGUUUGAGCCGGCGCGGAAGGAUCCGCUGUUAGAGAUUGAGCCGAUUGUGGAGGCGUUGAAGGGGUAUGUGGAGGAUGGGAGUAUUGGGGGCAUUGCGUUGAGUGAGGUUAGUGCGGCGACGAUUCGGAGGGCGGCCAAGUUGGUGAGGGUGGAGGCGGUGGAGGUGGAGAUUUCGUUGUGGUCGACUGAGCCGUUGGAGAAUGGGGUUGCGGAGGCGUGUGCUGAGUUGGAUAUUCCUAUUCUGGCCUAUUCCCCCCUCGGCCGCGGCAUGCUCACCGGCCAAAUCAAAUCUUUCUCCGACCUCCCCGAGAACGACUUCCGCCGCCUCCUCCCCCGUUUCCAACCGGACGUGUUCGAAGGCAACCUCGGCCUCGUGCGGGAAGUCGAGAAGCUGGCCGCCCGCAAGGGCUGCACGCCGGGUCAGAUCGCCAUCGGUUGGGUACUGGCCGUGGCCAAGCGGCCAGGGAUGCCCAAGAUCAUCCCUAUCCCAGGUGCUUCUACCCCCGAGAGGGUGCGCGAGAACGCGGUGGAGAUUGAGUUGGAGGAGGCGGAUUUGGUGGAGCUGGAGAGAAUUAUGAAGGAGUUUGCGCCAAAGGGGGAGAGGUACCAUGCGCAUGCGCUUCAGUCGUUGGAUAAUAGCACGGCGUAG